AUGAGUUCUACCGACCUCAGCAAGAUCGGCUUUGAUUCCUGGCGGGGCCUUUGGCAGUACGAUGGCAACCUUUUGCACACUCUUGGCCUGUUAUUCUUGCUGAUCGUUGCCUACGGCGUAGCGCAAGGCAUCUAUCGUAUUUGGUUCCAUCCACUUUCCAAGUUUCCUGGACCGCUGCAUCUGUCUCUUACAUCGUUACCCGCUGCAUACUCCAACUACAUCCAGGGAACUUGGCUGGGCCAUGCAUUUAGCGACGCUGCCCUGGCGCAGCAGGAACCUGUCAUUAUCAAGUAUGUGGAUAUGAUGCUCGACCGCCUUUCUCGGCGUGCCGACGAGGGCCAAAGCAUCAACAUUGUCGAAUGGCUGAACUUUACAACUUUCGACAUCAUUGGCGACUUGGUGUUUUCCGACUCUUUCUCCUGCUUGGAGAACAACGGAUACCACCCCUGGGUACUGACCAUCUUUCGCGGCGUUCAAGGCAUACUUCUUCUACGCUUUUCUCAGUACUACCCACUCAUCGGCUGGAUCAUCGGCAAAUCCAGCCGGCGGUCGUUGGCAAAAGUAUUACUCGGGGCCCGAUCCGGUGUCAAAGACAAGGCCAAGGCUCGCCUAGAGCACGGCCCGAAACCACCCGGUCAACACCAGGAUAUCAUAGCCUACAUGAUGAAGAAGACUCGCGAUGGUGGCGACGGCAUGAGCGAGAGCGAGGUCCUGGCCUGUAUCAACGAAAUACUUCGAAUGUAUCCGCCCGCGGCCGAGACUGCUACCCGAGUCUCCCCUGGCGACAUGGUGGACGGCAAGUUUGUGCCGGCAGGGACCCAUCUUUCCGUAUAUCCAUGGGCUACUUUCCAGAACCCAGCCAACUUCGUCGAGGCCGAGUCGUAUAUCCCAGAACGAUGGCUGCCAGCCACACAUCCUCGAUACGAGGGGCGCUUUGCAGCAGACAAGCGGGCCGUCUUCAAGCCAUUCAGCUAUGGCCCACGAGAUUGCAUCGGCAAGAACUUGGCCUAUUCCGAGAUGAGGUUAAUCAUUUGUCGCCUUCUCUACCGUUUCGAUUUCGAGUUGGCCCACAAGCAGGAGAGCUGGCAUGACGACCAGAAGAUCUUGUUCUUCUGGCAGAAGAAACCUCUUUACCUAAACCUUCAGCGGCGCGGCCCGAAGAUUCAACAGAUUGGCGAGUCGCUCUAUGGAUGA